CUGCUGGGUGUUUCAAAAGAAAGUUUUCCCGUUGUUUUUCUGCUUGUGUCCGCUCGAAGCGCCAUGUCGAAGUCUUUGAAGAAGAUCGUGGAGGAGAGCCGAGACAAGAGUCUCCCUGAGGUGGAGAUGUGUGACAGGAGCAUUUCCAACAUGUUGGACAUCCCGGGCUUAUUCACUCUGUCUAACAUCACUCAGCUGGUUCUCAGCCACAACAAGCUCACAGCUGUGCCUCCUAACAUCUCAGAGCUGAAGAACCUCGAAGUUCUGAACAUGUUCAACAACCAGAUUGAAGAACUACCAACUCAGAUCAGCAGCCUUCAGAAGCUCAAACACCUCAACCUUGGGAUGAACCGUCUGAACAGCUUGCCCAGAGGAUUUGGGUCGUUGCCUGCUCUAGAGGUGCUGGACCUUACCUACAACAACCUGAACGAGGAGUCCCUGCCCGGAAACUUCUUUUACCUGACCACACUUCGAGCUCUGUAUUUGAGUGACAAUGACUUUGAGGUCCUUCCUGCUGACAUUGGAAAGCUCACCAAGCUGCAGAUACUGAGUCUUCGAGAUAAUGAUCUCAUAUCGCUGCCAAAGGAGCUUGGGGACCUGACUCAACUCAAAGAGCUUCACAUCCAGGGGAACCGACUGACCGUUCUGCCUCCUGAACUCGGCAACUUGGAUCUGACUGGUCCUAAACAGGUUUUCAAAGCGGAGAACAAUCCGUGGGUCACUCCAAUCGCAGACCAGUUCCAGCUCGGCGUCUCUCAUGUGUUUGAGUAUGUUCGCUCAGAAACCUAUAAAUAUCUCUACGGCAGACACAUGCAAGCUAAUCCCGAGCCUCCGAAAAAAAGUAACGAUAAAAGCAAGAAAAUCAGCCGUAAACCCCUGGCUGCCAAGAACAAAUGAAGAGGAAAGGACAAAUGCUUCACAGCCGAGCUUACUGCAUGUGCCUUUUUUAUUUACAUUUAUAUAUUACAUGGGAAAACAGGCAGCUUUUGCAUGUAUACACAUGCUUAUGCAUAUGUAGUUUUCAGUAUUGUAUAGGCUCCUGUUAGCCUAAUACUUGUAUAACAAUAUAUUUGUACUAUAAUAUCAGCAGAGCUCAUUUCACACUAACCUGUUUUUAAUGCUUUAAAGAUGCCAGCACUGUUACACAAACAGAAGCAUGGACAUUUGAUUGGGUAACUUUCAAUGGACUGUUUUCAGAUAUGUCUUCAGAGUAAGAUGAAUUAACUUAAUAUGAAUUUUAUUUGUACUUGGAAGCUGUAACGUCUGUGUUCAGCACAGAUCAGCUGUAGCACCAUCUGAAGUCAGGAUUAUCAAGGGAAGUUGGAGGUCACUGACCAAGUACCCCCCUCAAAGUCUGAUGUGGUUGCUCUGCACGUUAAACAUGAUAGCUGCAGAGCUAAAUGCUCACACACGUGUUUCAAUCGAUGCAAAGUACAGAAAAUAUACAGUAUUAACCUGUGCUGCUAAUGCUAGUUCGCCUGUACUUGAGCACAGUAAUUAGCACAUUCUGCUGAUUUCUGACUUGGGUGUGACGUCAUUCCUAAACCCAAAUUCUUAUUUCAGAGGUAAAUUGAAGACAGGAUGAUGAUAGUAGACCCUGAACAGACUGUAGAAAGAUCCUUACAUGUCUCACAUCAUCAUGCUUCAGAACACUGUAAAAAUACACAAAUGCAAUCCAUGUUCAAUUUUUUUUUUAAGUUUUAGCUAUAACUAUGUGUAAGAUCUGUUUUGUUUUUGCUAAUUUACCAUAAAUCCCUUUUAUUUUACGGAGAUGUCAAGACAAAGUUUUCUGUUUGCUGAUUGGUCUACGUUCCUACCCUCGCCUAUUGUCACGAACUGCAGGUAGUGACAGAAAGAACAAGAUCGCAGACACAGGAAAUAGGUUUUCUCUGCAGGGUAG